CCUCCCUCACUUAGAUGUUGCCAGAAUGUCCUUUUACCCCAGGGGGGGGGUGUUGUUAUGUAUUAGGAUUAGCCUGCCCGUGCAGUAUAAAGACCGUUUUAAUCUCACUGGUUGACAGUUGCCUCUUUUCCAAGCAGCAGGUUCGAGAUUUUCUGUCCCUCUGUUGUUAUUCUGUCAGCAGAAAGGACUCCGAUCAAGUAUCUCAAGAAAACUGAAGGAAAAUACACAACCUAAAGAAGAAUGUCAGGUAUCUGAGCCAGAAUCAUGACCCAGGGCAAGGCAGCUUUUGGAAAACAAAGAGCAGCUUUCUGAGAAGACAAAACGGGCUUUGAGUCCAGCUCGGCCGGGGCGGUCGUGUUUGUGAAGCAGCCAAGCUGAAGAAGACGCUGAAGUUGGUGAGAAGCGAGGAAGCUGAGGACGGAUUUGGUUGCAGGGCUUCACAGAGCCGCGUGCAGCACCUCUGACUGAGAGACGCAGUGCAUUGAGACAACUGUGACUUUAUAAGUACACAAACCGAGUCCAAGAAACGUGUGUGACAUCAAGACUGUGACAAAGUCAACCAAACAAAAAGACGGUUCUUAUAAACAGGACAGCAAGGUGGGAAGACGAUGCGGAUGUCACCCCCAAGCUAUGAGGAGGCCACUGCAGGCCCCCGUGAUGCUGAAAUGCUGACAGGCUUUGGCUGGGAUGAUAGAAACAUCCGGCGAGUCUUCAUCCGCAAGGUCCUCUUCAUAUGUCACGUCUUCCAUCCAUAACCCUGAGUUUUUAGCAGUGGUCUACACCAUCAUAAUGAUCCAGCUGUUGGUCACUCUGGCCAUCGUGGUCCUUUUCACCUUCUGUGAACCAGUAAAGAUCUAUAUCCAUGCCAAUCCUGGGUGGUACUGGGCAUCGUAUGUGUUAUUUUUCAUUACAUACCUGACGCUUUCCUGCUGUGCUGAACCAAGACGGAGAUUUCCCUGGAACCUCCUCCUCCUUGUCAUCUUUACGCUCUGCCUCUCUUAUAUGACGGGUAUGCUGUCCAGUUUUUAUAACACCAAGUCUGUGAUGAUCUGUCUUGGUAUCACGGCAUUAGUUUGUCUGUCUGUAACCAUCUUUAGUUUCCAAACCAAGAUCGACGUGACAUCUUGCCAGGGUGUGCUCUUCGUCCUCUGCAUGGUGGUGUUCUUCUCCGGACUCAUUUUCCUUAUUGUGCUGCCUUUUGGAUAUGUACCCUGGUUACACGCUGUUUAUGCUGCUCUGGGAGCCUUGGCGUUCUCCGUGUUCCUGGCAUUUGACACCCAGCUGCUGAUGGGUAGCAAACAUUACUCCAUCAGUCCUGAGGAGUACGUCUUCGCAGCACUCAACAUCUACCUGGACAUCGUCUACAUUUUCACUUUCAUCCUCCAGCUCUUUGGGUCACAGCACGACUAAUUCCCCUGCCUGGAAUCCCGAAUGUCCGUCACCUGCUUCUCGUGUGUCGGGGUGCCCGGACCGGCAGAGUAAUCCCAUCACCGGUGGGGCCUUAAACAAGGCCCUUAACCUCAAAAAUGGCUCCAGAUAGAUGGCUGACCUUCCACACAGGCCCCAAGCUUCUAUGUUUGCGUCUUAUAGGAGAGUAAGGUGGGAUAUGCGACAACCAAAGAAUUCCUAUGUAUUUGGCAAAUAAAGUAUCAUCUCAUUAUGUCAC